UAUUUUCAAAGCGUUUCUUCCUCGAUAACUUGCAGUCCAUCAGCAUACCCAUGUGCCAGAAAUGAAACCGAAAGUCUCGGCGUCUCUGCGAGCUAAAACGCUGACACACUGCCGACCCGAGACGAGCACGACCGCGUCCAGCUACAGAGCAAGCGGCCGAGAAACCCAAGCCGUCCGUAUCGCCCUCCUCUCCGAAAACCCGUCUCCCCGCUGUACCGUGGGGACCCAGCAUCUCGCCCUGCUCCGCGCUGUCCGCAACAAUGCUCCGCUGUGAGCGGCCCGACCUCCCCUCGACCGGCGGCUUUUCCUUCGAGAACGCCCGCAGGUCUCCGGGCUGUAAAGGGUUGUCACUCCUUCCCUCCCUUAGCUGCUGUGGGGCCGGCGUGGCCGCGGAUGCAGAAAUCACCACCCAGAUGAUGUCGUCGAAUGUGGAGCUACACGCGCUCUCCACUGGCCGGCCCCCUCGCGUCGUCACGGUGACCAGGCAGCUCAAACAGAUGCUGUUCAGUGUGUUGUGUCAUGUGACCGCAGGCUCUGGAGCAGCCUCUGCCAUCGCAGUGUUCGAGGAUCGCUACAAGCAGGACAUGGAGCUGGAGGAGGCCAAGCAGCUGGUCCGGGACGCCAUCGUGGCCGGGAUCUUCUGUGACCUGGGCUCCGGCAGCAACGUGGACCUGUGUGUGAUCACAGCGGGCGGAGUCGAGUACCUGAGGGCCUAUGACCAGCCCGGCCAGAAGGGGCGCAAGUGAGUCAUCGGGGCAGAUGAGGAGGGA